AAGGGAGGGCAGAGAUUUGUUUGUUUUUUAGCAUCAGCUUAUGAGUGAAAGGCGAAGGCGCGCUCGUCUUGCCGGGAGAGAUGGACGCAGAGGAGAGCUGCAAUCGGAAUUCUUGAGGGUUACUGAUUCGAACGAAUCAAUGUAAUUCGAAAUUGUUUGUAAGCUGCUAGAAUUCGACGAAGAUGAGCGGCAGCUUAAACGACGAUAGUUUCCAUCAAGAUCUUCAGCCCCAAGCCAAUCAUGGUUCCGACUACUUAUCGCAUCAACUUCAACCUCCGCCGCCGCCUCGUCGUCCUCGUGGUUUUGCCGCCACCGCUGCUGCCAUGGGACCGACUAGUACCACGGCUGCUGCUACUGGCGGUAAGGCAAAGAGAGAGAGAGAGAAAGAAAAAGAGCGGACUAAGCUUCGCGAGCGCCAUCGCCGAGCUAUUACCAGUCGAAUACUGGCGGGACUCCGCCAGUACGGUAACUUCCCCCUCCCUGCUCGCGCUGAUAUGAACGAUGUGCUGGCCGCACUUGCUAGGGAGGCUGGCUGGGUUGUCGAGACCGACGGCACCACCUACAGGCAUUCCACUCCUCCUUCUCAGUCCCAAGGGGCAGCAUUUCCAGUAAGGUCAGGUGUAAGCCCUAUCUCAUCCAGUUCUUUUAAGGGAUGCUCUAUUAAAGCAGCAUUAGAUUGCCAACCAUCUGCUCUCCCGAUUGACGAGAGUUUGUCUCCAGCAUCUUUAGAUUCAGUUGUCAUCACAGAACGAGAUGCAAAGAAUGAGAAGCAGACAGCUUCAAGCCCUCUUCACGCUGCUCACUGCCUGGAAGAUCAGCUUAUUCAAGAUAUUCACUCUAGGGAGAAUGAGAGUCAGUUCAGAGGCACUCCUUAUGUUCCUGUUUAUGUAAUGCUUGCUACUGGUAUCAUUAACAACUUCUGUCAAUUGAUUGACCCUGAUGGCGUCAGGCAGGAGUUAAGUCAUUUGCAAUCACUAAAUGUUGAUGGUGUUAUUGUCGAUUGUUGGUGGGGUAUUGUUGAAGCUUGGAACCCACAAAAGUAUGUGUGGUCUGGCUAUAGAGACCUGUUUAACAUCAUACGUGAAUUCAAGCUGAAAGUGCAGGUUGUGAUGGCAUUCCAUGCAUUUGGAGGAACUGAAUCAGAGGAUGCAUUCAUCAAGCUCCCACAAUGGGUUUUGGAGAUAGGGAAGGAUAACCCAGAUAUAUUCUUCACUGAUCGUGAAGGAAGGAGGAAUAAAGACUGUCUGUCUUGGGGCAUUGACAAAGAGCGAGUUUUAAGAGGAAGAACUGGCAUUGAGGUCUACUUUGACUUUAUGAGAAGCUUCCAUACAGAGUUCAAUGAUUUGUUUGCUGAGGGUCUCGUCUCUGCAAUUGAAGUAGGACUGGGGGCAUCUGGAGAACUAAAAUAUCCUUCUUUCUCAGAAAGAAUGGGAUGGAGGUAUCCUGGUAUCGGUGAGUUUCAGUGUUAUGAUAAGUAUCUACAACAGAGUCUGCGCAAAGCUGCUGGGCUGCGUGGUCACUCAUUCUGGGCUAGGGGACCUGAUAAUGCCGGCCAAUACAAUUCUAGACCACAUGAAUCAGGGUUCUUCUGUGAACGAGGUGAUUACGAUAGCUACUAUGGGCGCUUUUUCCUCCAAUGGUAUGCCCAGACGCUGAUAUAUCAUGUAGAUAAUGUAUUGUCUCUUGCAAGCCUCAUCUUCGAGGAAACAAAUUUUAUUGUUAAGAUCCCUGCAGUUUAUUGGUGGUAUAAGACUUCUAGUCAUGCGGCAGAGCUCACAGCUGGGUUUUAUAACCCCUCUAACCAAGAUGGUUACUCCCCUGUUUUCGAUGUUUUGAAGAAACACUCUGUAAUAGUCAAACUCGUCUGCUGUGGCAUGCCAGUUGCUGGUCAGGAAGAGGGGGAUGCAUUGGCUGAUCCAGAAAGUUUGAAUUGGCAGAUUUUAAAUUCAGCGUGGGAUCGAGGCUUAACUGUAGCUGGUGAAAACUCUCCUUCAUGCUAUGACAGAGAUGGAUAUAUGAGAAUCAUCGAUAUGGCGAAACCGCGGAGUGACCCUGAUCGCCAUCAUUUCUCUUUCUUUGCAUAUCGCCAGCCUUCUGCUUUGAUUCAAGGAGCGGUUUGCUUUCCAGAGUUGGACUACUUUAUUAAGUGCAUGCAUGGCGAGAUAGAAGGCGAUUUGGUGCCCAGUUGAAGUUAAAAAGUCUCUCUCCUGCAUGGAUUUCAAAUAGUGGCUAUCAUUCUGGGCAUGAUCAGGUAAACUAUUGUUGUCUCGAACCUCGUAAAAGAGCAUAGUGAUUGUAAAUUUCAUCUUCUAUGCGAUUCAAGUUGCUGGCUUUGAAUUUACCUGUUAAAGUUUGUUAGUGACUUUUUAACUGGGAAAAUUCAGUAGGUUUAAAAUAUUA